CUCUGGGCGGUUGGUACAGUUGGCCCUCCGUUGGCGCUUGGAGUAUACAUAUAAUCACCCGUCGCUUACCGGACUAUUGGCUUUAAACCUUCAGCUCAGGCGCGAAUAACAAAUCUGGGAAGGUCGAUGCAUCAUGUAUGAAAGGAUGGCAGGUGAGAUUGUUAUGCUUAUGGUUUGUGGAUGACUCCUUUUUAGCUAUCUCGAUUAACCUACGACUUGACGUUUCCGCAAGAGGCUGGCUAUUGACCAAUCCGCUUCCAAGCGUUACCAUGGGUAGCAUUGCAUUGCUGCGAGGUCUCGUAUUGAACUGGUGUAAGGGGUUCUGCAGCUACCGCGUCUGGGCGGCUGAUUAUCCUAUCUCGCGAAUAACUGUCCAACGUUGUCAGGAACGGUGUGGUAGUGAAUUAACGUAGCAGAUGAACCAAGCUAAAGUGUAGGUCUGCAUAUCUUAUCACAGUUACUCGUUCCCAUAUGAAUAUCUAGGUAUGUAUAUCCCGAUCUGUUUUCCUAAGUCGGACUCUUGUGCUGGUCUCUUUCGAUGGUGUCUUCGUCCUAAAAACCCUCAGCGGCCAAGGAAGCCGCUUCUAGUUCAGUAUUUGGUGAAUUAUUCCUUAUUUUUUUUUUUAAUAUUGAUUAUUAAUAUUCGCUAUGAUGUCCUGGAACAUAAUAUUAUGGGGCUCUCUACUAUCCUUUGGUACGCUCGCGACGACAGAUCCGACGUGGCCCUCCCCUAACGACGAACUCGAGGAGAUCAUGUAUCAAGUCAAUGGCUAUAGGUCCAGGAAUUUCGGUGGAACUGUUAUUCCUUGUGCAAACGAAGCAUCUGGGCCUGGUCGACAAAAUGCAGCAGAAUGGUUACGGGUAGCUUUCCAUGAUGUGGCUACGACUACGGAUUUAGGCGGCGUACGUGCCGGCGGGUUGGAUGGCUCUUUACAAUACGAAUUGACAAGUUCGGACAAUCUUGGGCCAGGCUUCAACACGACUCUGAAGUUUAUGGCAGACUACUACACAAGUCGAUCAAGUGUAGCGGAUCUCAUUGCUUUGGGUGUAUAUUAUGCCGUCAGGUCUUGUGGUGGUCCUGUGGUACCUGUGGCUGGUGGCCGAGUCGACGCUCUAGCCGGUGGACCAAUAGGGGUCCCCUUACCACAGAAUACUGCAUUCACUUUUGAGCAACAGUUUCUUCGAAUGGGAUUUGACAAGACCGAAAUGAUCCAAGCGACUGCUUGUGGACAUACUAUUGGCGGUGUUCAUGAUGACGAAUUCCCGGAAAUUGUCCCUGUUGGGUCUACAUCUAACGGAGAAGUCCCGCUGGAUUCGACUGACGCAGUCUUUGAUAAUAAAGUCGUCACCGAAUACAUUGCUGGCAAUACAACUAACCCCUUGGUAGUUGGUCCAUCGAUUAAGGCUACUAGAAACUCAGACUUCAAGGUCUUCAGCUAUGAUGGGAAUGUAACAAUCAACGCAAUGGCAGCUGCCACAGACUUCAAUACUAUAUGUGCUACUGUCCUUCAAAAGUUGAUUGAUACGGUGCCCGACGGCGUCGUUCUGUCGGAUCCCAUUCAGCCAUAUUCGGUCAAGCCAGUUGACAUGCAACUAUCACUCAACUCUGGAGCAUCGACAAUGCAAUUGAAUGGAUUUAUCCGUGUUCGAACAACCGAUUUGGGAGGAGACGCUGUCUCUAGCUUGACCUUAGAUUACAAAGAUCGGAGCGGGGGCAACAACUGCGGAAACACGAAUUGUACAUAUACGGCAACUCUCUUGGGCGCCACUCAAGGCUUCGAUGAUCAAUUUGUCUGGUUCCCUAUAGAUGCCGCUAUCUCAACUUCCACGGGUAUUUCAUCUUUUACUUUAACUCUUACUAUGGCUAGUGGGACGACUCAAACCUUCGACAACAAUGGAAAUUCGUACCCUAUUCAAGAUGCAAUCUUGAUUCAAAAAUCUCAGAGUUGUCUCUUUUCCGGUACCCUUACCGUCACUGCGGCUGUUCGCAAUGACAGAAAAUCACUUCCCGUUAAUACGCUUAUCUCGUAUAAGACCCCGACAGGGAAUCCUAAUCUCCCGGUGCCCACGCUCAAAAACGCCACAGUGACUAUGACGGAGGGGGAUUGUGUAGGUGCUUAUACCUUCUAUACAGCAAACUACACAGGCCUUGGCGACUUUGCAUACGCUUCCAAGAUUGAUGUCAUUAGCGGGAGCGAGACUUCGGCACUAAUAGACGACUUUAAUUCUGCAAGUGACUUGGGAGGAACAUGCCAGGCUUUUCAAAAUCCACCACCAUCGUCUAUGUGCACUACCGGACAAAUCUCGACAUCUCCUGGGACGUCAACCACUUUAUCCUCAUCCGCUACCUCGUCAACUAUUUCAAUUAGUACGACGUCGGCUUCUUCAUCAACUACAGUGAGUAGCACGAGCACUUCUUCCACGGCACCAACAGAGACAUUGCAUCAUAGACAGACUAUUGGAGAGUACUUGCUUGUAGGGUGCCAGACAGAAUCAACUGCGGCGGGAACUCGAGCUCUGGGUGACGCCGCGUUUGCUUAUGAUAGCAUGACACUAGAAGAUUGUAUGAACAAUUGUACCGGGUAUGUAUAUUGGGGGACAGAGUAUGGCCGUGAAUGCUACUGCGGCGAUUCGCUUCAAUCCACAAGCGAAAAAGCGCCUAUAACCGAUUGUAAUAUGGUCUGUGGCGGAGAUUCCACCGAAUACUGCGGAGAUAGUAACAGGUUAGAACUGUACAGUACCACAGCUAGCCAACCGACACCAACUGCGACAUUGGCUCCUAAACCGACUGUGUCAUCAUAUGUCCGGGUCGGCUGCUAUACCGAGCUUUCAAAUGGCCGAGCCUUGACUGGCGCGGCUUAUGCGGAUGAUGCUAUGACACUAGAAAUGUGUGCUUCGAACUGCACUGGUUUUACGUACUGGGGGACAGAGUACGGGCGUGAAUGUUACUGUGGCGAUACAUUAGAUAGUGGCAGUACGGUUGCCCCUGAUACAGAUUGUCAAGUGAUGGUAUGCAGUGGAAAUCACGACGAGUACUGCGGAGCUUCGCUGAGGCUCGAGCUUUACCAACUAGCAACUACCUCCUCAGCGUCACCGCAAUAA